AUGAAGGCCACCUGUAGAGACCAAUCUAAAUAUUGUAGGUUCCAUCGGGACCACGGCCAUGACACAGAGGACUGCCAUGACCUCCGGAACCAGAUAGAAGCACUAAUAUGGAGAAGCCACCUCGGACGCUAUCUCAAGUCCCGGAAGGUGACUCUGAGCCCCAGAGGGCCCCCCGAGAGACAGAUCAACGUUAUCUCUGGCAGGCCAACAGCCGGUGGCACUAGCACGAUAGCAAGAAAGGCCUAUGCACACAACAUGGUGGAGAAGCAUCCCCACCCUGAGCACGAGCCUACAAUUACCUUCGGAGUUGGAGAGGUUGAGCACUCCCACCAUGAUGAUGCUCUGGUGAUCUCCAUCCAAAUCGCCAACGCCUGGGUCAAGAGGGUGAUGGUUGAUACGGGGAGUUCCGCCGACGUCCUCUACUUCGAUGCCUUUGGGAGGCUCGGUUUGACCUAG